AUGCCCAUCGAAGAGUCUUGUCCGGAAGUUGAAAUUGUCACCUCUAAUCCAACAAAACGUGGUGGCAACUUCAGUGUAGAUGAGGACAACCUCCUUGUCUCUGCCAUGCAAGGUACUGACCAAAGGGUUGAAAAAUUUUGGGAGAAAAUUUGGCAAUACUUUUGCGAGAACAAUACUUAUGGAACCACACGUUCUGCUUCCUCCCUCCAAAUUCUAUGGGGAAAUAUUAAUAGGGAGACAAGUAAGUUUGUUGGGUUCAUGGCUAAAAUUGAAGCACAAAAUAAAAGUGGUGGGACUGAUGAGGACAAAGUUGUGUUGAAGAACCAACCAAAGUGGAGUAUGCCUAAGAAAAGAUCAAAAGGGCUCCCUCAAACUCCAAGUUCAAUUGAUCAAGUUGAUAGUAAUGAUGAUGACACAAUGGUGCUAGAGAGACCAAUUGGCAAAAAAGCCAAAAAGGCUAAGCGAAAGAGAACAUAUGGUGAUAAGAGUUUUGAGGAUUAUUUGGCGAAAAAAUUGCAAUAUAUUCAGGAAUCACAUGAACAAGACAAAGAGGCUCUUCGCAUCAAAGUGAAUAGGAUUCGAGUGGAUGCGCAAAGAGUUGAUAUUGAAAAGGAAAGGCUUCGUCUUGAAACUAUUAGGGAGGGAAGAAUAAUGACCAUGGAUACAAGCAGCAUGAAUGACAAAGAAAGACUUUAUUUUGAAAAUCUCAAGGAUCAAAUCCUUAUAGGACAACAAUUAGAGUAA